ACCGAAAUGCUCGAAACAGACGUAAGACACGCACUCAAUGGAUAAGUAUAAAGGUCUCGUGGGUUCUCUUCAAAUUGGAUAUCAUCACCAAGCACAAUUCGACCAAUUUCCAACACUUUUCAACGAUUUCCCGCUUACGCUCAUCACUUUUGCGAGAUUUUGCUUAGCAAAGCCACCGCGAUAACCGUCCUACAAACAAGAAAGACAGUAUUCUUCACAGCAUAGCUGAAGCUUUGACUCGGCACACCCACCACAUCUGAACUUUCCACUACGAUAACACGACACCGGUCAAAUUUCCACCAACACCAUCUCAACAAUGUCCACCACAACCACCAAGUCCACCCCCAAGAUCGCCCUCAUCGGCGCAGGCCCCGCCUCCCUCACUUUGGCCUCUCUCCUCAAAUGCCAUGACAUCCCCUUCACCAUCUAUGAAGCGGCGUCUUCUCUCCGCCACGCCGGCGGCACUCUCGACCUGCACCCAACUACCGGCCAAGCCGCACUCAAAGAAGCCGGCCUCUGGGAUGCCUUCGUCAAGCACGCACGGCCCGAGUCUGACGUGAUGAAGCUCGUCGACAUUGGCGGCGAAGUCUGCUGGGAUGAGAAUGGCGCGGACAAGCAGGAGGUGGGCGAGAGCGAGGAGGAGAAGUUUGCCGGACGCCCGGAGAUCGAUCGAGCGGCGCUGAUGAAGAUCCUUGUUGAGAGCUUGGAGGAGGGGAGCAUAAAGUUUGGCAAGAAGCUGAACGAGGUGGUGCCGAGCAAGACAGAGGAGAAGAAGUUCAAUCUUGUCUUCGCGGACGGCAAGGAGGAGGGCUUCGAUCUCGUCAUCGGCGGCGACGGCGCGUGGUCCAAAGUCCGCAAUCUCCUUUCCGACACCAAGCCCCACUACUCCGGCAUCUCACUCAUCGAGGUCUGGUGCAACGACGUCAAGAGCAAUCCCUGGCUGCGCAACUACGUCGGCAACGGCUCGUGCUUCUCGUUCGGCGAGGGCUGUGCCAUCCUUUCCCAGCGCCAGGGUGACGGCAGUCAGCGUACCUACGCGUGCCUCAGGGUCCCGGAGGACUUCAUCGAGACGUGCAGCAUCGACUGGAACGACAAGGACGCUGCGCGCAAGGAGUUCAUGGAGAGGCACUUCUCCCACGCCGGAAAGGAUCUCAAGCGCGUCGUCAUGGAGUCGACGGACUAUCUCAUCCCACGUACGCUAUACGAGCUUCCGGUUGGCUUCACCUGGGAGUCCCGCCCCGGCGUCACUCUGAUCGGAGACUCGGCGCAUCUGAUGACCCCAUUCGCAGGCGUGGGCGUCAACGUCGGCAUGACUGAUUCUCUAGUCCUAGCUCAUGAGAUCGUCGCUGCCUGCAAAGGGAAAAAGAGCCUCGAUGAGGCGCUGCAGGCCUACGAGAAGGAGAUGUUCCCGCGCGCGGCGAGGUAUGCACAGAAGACGGCGAAGAACAAGAAGGGUCAUUUCACGGAGGGUGGCUCGAAGCACAUGGCGGAUAGGAUUCGAGCGCACUAUGAGGAAGCGCGCAAGGAGCCUAAUGUUCAGGUUGACCGCGCGGAAGGAGUCUCAAGCGGCUGAAGAAAGUUGCUGUUGACGUAGCGGGGGUGUCUGGAGAAUGGUUGGCGUUGCGAAGAUACGGAUAAGCGCUCAUUUUCAUUUUAGAUUUGUCUG